AUGAUGUUUUUUAAGUGUAAUCAGGUUUUUACCUUGGUUUUUUUGUUGCUCUUAUAUUUUAACAAUAUUGUCUACACCCAUGUAGAUGAUAUAAAAAAUACAUCCCAGAAGAAAAUUACAUAUGAUAAAUAUAAUAAAAAUAAAGAAAAUAUGAAUAAUGAAAAAAAUGAUAAUAAAGAUAAUAAAGAUAAUAUUUAUAAUGAUAAUAUUAAUAAUGAUAAUAUUAAUAAUGAUAAUAUUAAUAAUGAAGAUGAGUAUAAAUUUUUAUCUAUGAAACAUUAUAAAGAUAGUUUAUCAAAUAAAUUAAAUAAUGAAAAUGAUCAUAUGAACUAUUUAAUAAGAAAAAGAAAAGAUAAUACUCAAGGAAGUCAACAUUUCAAUGAAAAUAUUGAAAAUAAUGAAAAUGUUGAAAAUAAUGAAAAUAUUGAAAAUAAUGAAAAUAAUGAAAAUAUUGAAAAUAUUGAAAAUAAUGAAAAUAAUGAAAAUAAUGAAAAUAUUGAAAAUAAUGAAAAUAAUGAAAAUAAUGAAAAUUCAUCUAUCAUGAAUUCAGAAUCAUAUAAUAAUAUUAUCAAUUCUAAUGAACAUAAUGAAGAACAAAUAAAAAAAAAAGAAGAAGAUUUAAUUGAAGCAUUUUUCCCAUUUAUAUUAAAAAAAUUAGAUAACGAAUCAUUAUCUCUUGAUAAUAAAUAUGAUGAUUAUUAUAAUUUACCAAAUGAUCAUAAUGACACACAUAAAGAAAAUUCAAGUGAUCAUAAUUUAUUAGGAUAUAAAUUGGGUAACAAUCUAAAAUCAUAUUUGAUAGAAGAAAAUGAUGUUUCUCAAAAAAAAACUGAUGACAUAAAUGAAAGUGCAAGUAGUGACUCUGAAAACAUUCAAGAAAUUCUCAGUACGGAUUCAAAUACAUCUCAUUUGAAGGAACGAAAAAAUCAAAAAGCUCCACCCGGUGAACAUAAACCAGAAGUAAAAAAUGCAUUGUUAAAUUCACAAGUAGCUUCACCUAAAGGAGAAGAUGAAAAAAAAUCACAACCUCAACACCCUUUAGUUAAUAGUGGGGAUCAAUUACAACAUCCAAAAGAAAUUGAUGAGAAUGCGGAAAAAAUAAGAAGAACGUUAUUAAAAGAAAGCAGGGAUAUUAAAAAUACAACAGCCAUAAUAGACGAAACAGUAUAUAAAUUUGAACAACUCAUUAUGAAAGGAAGAUAUUAUGCCACUGCAGUGAGAAAUUUUGUUAUAUUUAAAGUAAAUUAUAUUUGUGAAUAUUCCAAAUGUGGACCCAAUUCACGUUGUUAUAUUGUCGAAAAAGAUAAAGAACAAUGUAGAUGCCGACCUAAUUAUAUAGUUGAUAUGAGUGUAAAUUAUUUUAAAUGUAUACCUAUGAAAGAUAUGAACUGUUCAAAAAAUAAUGGAGGUUGUGAUGUAAAUGCAGAAUGUACUAUUGUUGAAGGUGCAGUAAAAUGUCAGUGUUCACAUCUUUAUUUUGGUGAUGGUGUAUUUUGUGUAAAGAAUUCUCAAACAAAACAAACUUUAUAUAUUUUAUUUAUAGUAAUAUUGUUAGUUUUUCAAAAUUUUUUCAUUUAA